GAUGAUAUUAAAAAAGAAAGAAAAUGACAUUUAUUCUUCCUAAAGUAGCCUUUUUUGGUUUCAUAUAUAUGAAUAUAUAUUACAAAAAAUACAGAUUGUAAACUUAAGUUGUUAAACUUUGACUUCAAUAAACUGAAUCCUCUGCACUAUGAGCUAUGAUCUGUAUAUGCGUACCCUUUCUUGGAUUUAUUGAAACAGCAUUACAGCGUGUUCUGUAUGGUCAUCCCAUAAAACCAGGAGGCCAUAAAUAUGGUCUUUUCCUGCACCAGCUAAUAUGUAUUUCAGCUGGACCCUUACCUGCUCAUUCCUCAUAAGCAUCCAUCUAAAGAGUUGUAGACAAGUAAACUAUUAUGCAUACAUCCGCCCAGGGCAUCCAUUUUAUUCUAGAUUAACCUAUUUGGGCAGAACUUGACUUUCUGAACCUCCACCUACUGCCCUCUGUGCAAUGUGCCUGUACACUCUGAGUCACCAUUGUCCAUCGCAACCACUCAACUAUGCUCAAACAAUACUUAAUGUGUGGUGGUUUGUGGUAAUUUGAAUAAACUUAAUUUAGGAACAUGUAACAUAUGAUCACAUCAAUAAAAAAUGAUUUUGAGACACGAUAGCAGAAACAAGAUAUGGCCACAAAAAUAAUACCAGACUCACCACAGUUACUAUUCUACUUAACUCAUGCCAAAUUUACAGUUGAUUAGAUUACCAGCUUUUGAGCCCCUUUGUGUCUGGGGCCUUGGACAGUUGCCCUCCUUGCCUUGCCCCUAAUACACCACAAUAUCUUGCACAAUCGCCUUAAAUGUGGAGGUGCGUUGGCAUUUGAACCACAGCACGAAGCUGCUGCAGGAGCCUCUUCAGUCCACUAGGUGGCAGUAGCUGACCGUGGUUUGAGCAACUCGAAGCAGCUCCUCAGAGCCGAAAGAGGAAGGAGGAGGAGGAGCGCUGUCAUGGCGGCCAAGGUGGUGAUGGUGGCCGUCCCGACGGUGAUGGGCAUAGCCUCCAUCCGUGUGUACACAGCGAGCGAAGUGCCCGCUGAUGGACUGGUUACUCGAGAGAAGCUGAACAUCUACAGCCCGCUGCCGCAGUCUGCCCAGGCCCAGUUUGUUCCAGAGAGGCCGGGUGUCAUCCAGAGUGGGUUGACUACAGCAAGAGAGAGCUUACUACCAUUGGUCCAGGCUGUCAAGGGCGCUUGUGUGUCUGUGAGAACAAGAAGUGUUGGUAUAUAUUAUGGAGGAGAAGAUGUGUACUAUUACUUAAAAGACCCUCCACCGGGUUUUCUACCCAGAUUGGGAACGGUCACCAUGGCCGGCCUGCUUGGCAUGUUCUUGGCACGGAAAGGCUCUCAUUUCAAGAGGUUAGCCGUUCCACUGGGCCUGAUGAGUGCAGGAGCAUCAGUGUGCUACCCGGCUCAGACAGUGGCUGUGCUCAAGGUGACGGGUAAGAAGGUGUAUGCUGUGGGACAGAGGAGCAGCGCUGCAGUGUCUUCACUGCUCAGCUCCAAGUCCCCCGACAUCAAAGAGACUGCUGCUUCACAACCACAGACAGCUGCAGUAGUUGAGGAGGCCUCAGAGUCCGGCUCAGGCCAGAGCUCUGCAAUCCCAGAGACGGAGGUUGAGUCAGCCGAGUCUGUUCCUGCCUCUGAUGAGUCUGCUGUCGUAACAGAGGAGCCGUCAUCAGUAGAACUCGCAGAGAUUCACCCCGACCAGACCCCAACAGAGACCGACACAGAUCCAGUGGCCCAUUCAGUGCCAGUAGAGACAAAGGCCACCUCUGAAGAAAUAUGUGCAUCUGUUGAAAGUGAGGAGCCCUCGGGCACAAAACAAGCAGCAGAUAUCUCCACUGACGCCAGCCCAGCCGAGCCCACGCCAAGUUUAGAACCAGAGACGUUAAAGGCUUCUCUAGUGGAGUCUGCCACGGUGGAGGAGUCUGUCCCGGUAGAGUCUGCUGUCCCGGUGGAGUCUGCUGUCCCGGUGGAGUCUGCUGUCCCGGUGGAGGCCGCUGUCCCGGUGGAGGCCGCUGUCCCGGUGGAGGCCGCUGUCCCGGCGGAGGCCGCUGUCCCGGCGGAGGCCGCUGAAGUCGGUUCCAUUGGUUCCUCUGAGGAACCACCAGCUCCAAAGGCCUCAAAUGAGCCAACAGUGCCAGUUGUUGAAUCAGCGGAGUUAACUGACCCACCACAAGUUGCUGCUGUGGAGGAGACCCUCACACCACCUCAACAGCCUGCACCAGAAAACAGCCAAGGGGGCUCCGGUUUCAAGCCGGACCCUGCUCUACAGGACUUUGGCCAGUCCAACCCCGAGGAUGAAGACCUGUACAGCACACGCAGCUGAGAGACCACAGCCAGGCCGCAGGAGAAAGCUCGUUCCCACACUGCCACCUCCUAUCUCAUUCAGAUCCACAGACGCUCUGUAUCACUAGUAAAUAGUUCAUUUUGCAAGACUUUCAUCAACAUUUCUAUUCUCAUUUCUUCGGCCCACAUAAUUUAUAUUUCCACAGAAAUUGCAAAGCAGCAACUCCAGAGCUGAGUCAGUUUAUGUAAGACGGAAACAUGGAAAACAUUAAACCUACAGCUGUUUACAAGUCUUUUCAUCCUCAGACGGCAGAUUGUGAAUUUUUCUCUCGGUAUGUGUCAUUUAAUAAUUAUUAGCUUUUUUGUGCGACAACUUUCACAAUCAUGAGUGCAUGCAGGUUUAUUUCCUGUAGGUUAUCCCACUGCGUAGGUAUGCUGGAGGUACUGCACAUGUGCUGGUAAUAAUUAUAAGAUGCACUAUUGCUGUUCCAUUUUAUGACGUCAAAAAAUGGUCCAGUUUAGAACCAAAAUAAAUCUAUAUUUUUCAUGAUUUAAUGUUGUGCUUUGUCAAGUAACUUCAUAUUUGUCAGUUAUAUUUAGUUAGUUGUGUUAUUUAUUGUCCUGCACAGUAAGUGCUUAACACAAACAGGCUUGAAACAUUUGUCACACAAGCACGUAACUUCUAAUUCAUAACAACAUUGCAAACAAAGAACUUUGUCUUCGGCCCCAAAGCUCUGCAAGUAAUAUCAGAGACGGAAAAGGCGCCUUCCAAAAACAACUAUUAUGAUCAUCAAACUCCUCCAAAAGCCUCAUUAGAAAUGAAGGACAUGAAAGUGUAGCUCUAAAGUCAUCACACAAUUAGCUGCUGAACAGGAGAUUGACUUGAUCUUCAAUCGCACCUAAAUCACAUAAAAGCCUUUUAUCUUCAGGGAAACCAUUCAUGUGACUCUGUGUGCACAGCUGAUCUGAGAUCAGCUGUGCACACAGAGAUUUGACUUUGGUUAGAUUCUGCUACACAUAAAGCUUUUCCCUGUAUUAAGUUUUCUGUAUUAUAUUUCAGUGUUCAUUUUGAUAUAUAUAUAUAUUAAUAUCAAUGUGUUUUAUAACCAAAUACUUGCAAAACUGAUGACAUUCCUAUCAGCUGUACUUUGUUUAUUGCUAAUUAGUAUAUGUUAGCAUGCUAACACUGCACUAAGAUAGUGAACACUGCAAACACCACACCCGCCAAAAACCAGCAUGUUUUCAUUGUGAGCUUGUUUGCUUACAUUAGUGUUUAGCUCAAAGCACCACUGUGCCUGUGCAUAGCCCCUCAGUCUUGUUAACAUGUUGUGCUACAAUUUACUCAAUUAGUUGAACCAAGUUGUACCAAGUCAGAGACUGACUCAUACUGUAGACAUUUAAGUGAGAACAGCAUCUGUAAAGAACAAGUUGUGUAACUGCUGGAAUAUGUGGCCCCAAGUGAUGCAGUCAUUGUUUCCUGAAACAAAAGCUGGGACACUGACAAUCACAAACACACGUACAGUAAAAAUGGACAAAUAGUAAUAAUAGAAAUGAUUCUCUUGAGGAACCGGUGACGUUGUGUUUUGGCUACUUUUUGGUGCCACAUGUUUUUGCCCAUUUGUGUGAACACAACGUUCGUAGCGAAGGACCAGGCUAUCUGUUAACAUCUUUAUAGCUUCUUUACGGCCCCUCGGAGGAACCGGAGCUCCCCGGACCUCAUAAACUCUGCUCGGGGUCGACCAGAGUCGUGACCCCUGGGACUCUGUGUGUUGGUGUGUGAGCAUGAGUAAGAGAAAAACUAAAGAGAGGGAUCAAUACGAUGCCAAUACUUUCUCAUCCUCCUUCCUGUUAUACAUGGGAUGAAAACACACAUGGUAGCCAGGCAUCCUGUGGCAUCGGAGCUUCAGUGUGUGCUGCUGCUUUGAGUCGAGGGGUUAAGGGACUUGUGGGCUGGUGUUGCUGUGAUGUUUUUUUAGACGGGCACUGGCAAAUGUUCUGUUGAAAAUAAAUAAAUAACAGAAAGAACUCCAGAAAAAA